AUGGAAGGAUUAUAUUCAGAGGUGUCCCUGCUCACCGAUGAUGUGAGGAAUGAGGAGAAUACAGGUGGACGAGGAUCAGGAUACAUUUCUCAGCCAGCCAGGAUGGGAGAGGAAUGGGACAUUGAGUCUAUUAAGGAAGAAGAAUGGGAGGAGAGAGCAGUGUACCUGGUCCCUGACACCCCGACUGAGGACAACUGUGAUAACCACGCAACGUUGUCACUGCCCAGGAACCUGGUCCUCAAGGACUCUCAUACUAUCUCUGAUGUGAUGGGCAUCUGGAGCACUGACUACAUACCCAGGGGCACACGGUUCGGACCCCUGGUGGGCGAGUGCUACGCCAAGGAUCAGGUGCCCAAGACUGCUAACAGGAAAUACUUCUGGAGGGUAGAUCUGGGACUGGGCAAACAUCUGCAGGUGUACAGAGGUGAUGAAGUGUACUACUACAUAGACGGCUACAACACCAGUAAGGCUAACUGGAUGAGAUACGUCAACCCAGCCUACAGCAGCCAGGCACAGAACCUGAUUGCUUGUCAGUACAAGUCUAACAUCUACUUCUACACGAUUAAGGCCAUCCUACCAAACCAGGAACUCUUAGUCUGGUACUGUAGAGAGUUCGCUACCAGACUUAACUAUCCUCUAACAGGAGAACAAAUGCUUCUUAAAAUACGUCAGCAGGUCGGCGAAACAGAAGGGGAAGUAAAGGAUGAGUGCGAAGUGGAGAAAAUCUCUUCGGCGCCUCCUGCAGGUUGUAGCAGCAUUGCUUCACCACAGCAGCCGGCGGCAUCGGCCGUCGCUAGAGCCGCCAUCUCGCCGCCGCAGUGCGAGUCUCGUAGCGGGCAGCUGACGCCCACGGACGGCUCCGUAAGAUCUGAUGAAGGGUACGACAGCAACGGCUAUCAUCAUGACUCUAAUAUUCCUGAAGAUUCGUCUGAUUCUGAAGGCGAUAAUAAUUAUGUCUUAGAUUUUAGUAAGAAGAGAAAACAGUCACCGGCGGAGGAUGAGGAGGCUGAUCUUCGUAAUGAAUAUCGCAAGGUGAAGAUUAAGAUGCUGCGAGCCUAUCACUAUAGGUCUAAAUCCAGCGGUUCCGAGUCUUCGGAGAAGGAGAAGUCCGUCUCGCCAUCACUGGAAUGUCAACAGACUGUCUCCGUGUCUGAUACCAGGAUAGCAUCUCUGCAGCAGUCCCUGCAGCAGCAGUCCCUGCAGCAGCAGUCCCUGCAGCAGCAGUCCCUGCAGCAGCAGCCCCUGCAGCAGCAGCCCCUGCAGCAGCAGCCCCUGCAGCAGCAGUCCCUGCAGCAGUCAUUGCCCCAGGGUAUGCCUAAACGUGGCCCUCAGGAAGGGUCUUCACGACGCACUCCGUCGUACGCAACGCAACACUCUGCGUCCUUCGGCGAGGAGAAGGUGGACUCCGUCCUGGAGAGGGAACAGGAGCCUGAAAGUACCCAGAGCCCUUCCUCCCGUAGAUACCCUGUGCCAGACAUGCCCCUCCGUCAGUCCCUCGAGGUGCCCAGACCCACAGAAGUGCCCCGUCCCGAUACCCGCACUACUCACGUCUUGCCCGACUCACGCAUGCCCGUGCUACCAGACACUGCCCUGCCCGCUAUUACAAUAACCAAACAGGUGUCUUCCGACACGCGGCAGUCAUCCAUACCUGACACACGCAUGGGUCUGCCGCCUGUGGUUCGUCUGCCGCUGCCUCACGAGUCAAGGGUGGCACAGAGCCGCCUGCCGCUGCCAUCCAUGCCACGGAUGCAAGGUCUGCCAGUCAACGUGAGCAGUAUGCCCCCUCGUCUGCCACUAAUGCCCCCCCAAGACCCACGUAUCACAGUGGCUCCAGACCCUCGCUUACCAGUGCCCCCUGACACCAGACACUGUGUACAGCCUGACACUAGACACCCGGGACCACAAGACAUCAGACACCCUCUCUCAGCCGAUGUGAGACUGACAGUACCAGCCGACACUCAAAUGGGCACUUCCCGUCCAGCUGGCUCCAUCUUAGAGAACAUCCUUCUGAGACGGCUGGGUGGAAAGGAUGAGUCUGACAUCACACAGUCAUCCGUCAGCACCCACAGGGACCUGAAGGAACCAGUGCAUAUUGCAGUACCUAGCGAGGCACACUACAAGCCUGACAGUGCCUCCAGCAGUUCAGGACAGCCUCAGGAAUUCCCCUACAAGAGAAACUACAGCAGUUCAGAGCCAAGUCAACAGAUAUCUCCUGAUUCUUCUUCAACGCACCAGAAGGCAGGUUCUGCGUGCUACCCCACCUCCCACACACUGCCACAGCAGUUGUAUACUGUCCAGCCUCCAGUCACUAACUCCACCUAUCGCACACCUGUCUCCCAGAUGUUCUCCUCUCCACACUUUAACAUGUAUUCAUAUAAUGGAUACAAUAACAGCAGUACCAAUGGAUUUUCUCCAGGAAGUCAAGGGUCGAUGCCAAUAGAUCAUCGUCUAACAAUUUCCAUUCCCAACACUGCGUCAGGGCACUCUCCUCCCUCCAGCAACUCCUCCCAUUCCUCACAAGGGUCCCCUUCCUCCCAGGGUUCCACCUCACCAACUAACGGUAACAGAGGCUACCGUUCCCUGCCCUACCCUCUGCAGAAGAAAGACGGCAAGAUGCACUACGAAUGCAACGUUUGCUUCAAGACCUUCGGCCAGCUCUCCAACUUAAAAGUCCAUCUAAGAACUCACUCAGGGGAACGGCCCUUCAAGUGUAACGUCUGUAUCAAAAGCUUCACACAGCUGGCACACCUGCAGAAGCACCAUCUGGUUCAUACUGGGGAAAAACCACACCAGUGUGACAUCUGUAAAAAGAGGUUUAGUUCAACCUCCAAUUUAAAAACUCACAUGAGACUUCAUUCGGCCAAAAACCAUUGCCGCGACCUUGCCCGCUAAAAUUUACAGUUUGUUCACCUCAAAUUUCACAAGUUGCACACUAACGAGAGGCCUUCACCUGCAACACCUGAAAAAGAAGUUAUUUGUGCCUCUGGUCUCAGGGAUCACUGGAAGACAACCAGCUGCAAGCCUUCCAGUCCUGAAGAAGAGCUAGCUGUUGAACGCUCACCCACGGGAUCAUCCAGUGGUUACGACUACUGUCCAUCCAUCGCCUCAGGAAGCAGUCUGGACACUGUGGACACAAACAGUAUGGAUGGCUUACAGACGUCUCCUGGGCACGACCUACACGACCCCAGUGACUACGACCCUAAGAGUCCCACUUACAUGAUCCCGGAGGAGCUGAUCAAACACUCUCAGGAGGAAUUCAAGUCGUUCACCCCUGAGAUCAAGUGCGAGUCUGACACCAGAGCCUCAGUCAUUGAGUCUUCGGCUCAACACGCUAUUGAGUGCACUUAGAAUUUUGACACAAAGUGACCUAGCUUCACCUCGUCACUUUGGUCUUCAACGAUUGAGGUGAAAUCUCAUGGAAGACAGAUCACGGAACACACAGCAAGUCCUGAAACGUUCCGUGAGUUGUGAGUUCUCAUGGAAUACAAAUGGCAGUGUUUACCUCUGGAGUUCCAGGAGGUCUUACUCAUCCCAGUGCUCACGAAAUGAAAAAUGAAAAUACACGGGAGAAGCUUUGGUGAGGACCAAUGGCGACUAAGAUAGGCAAGAAACGUCAUCUGCUGGACAAGACGAAGUGUUUACCUGGAGUUUACCUGGAGAGAGUUCCGGGGGUCAACGCCCCCGCGGUCCAGUCUGUGACCAGGCCGCGUCCAGUCAGAGGAGUCCAUGGCCACAUUACUCCAGUUUAAAAGCCACUAGAAGGGCUUUCUAAGCACCGAUCUAGCUGGGUUUUCUGUACCACCAGACCACAUCACUCCCGCACAUUAAUUCCAUUAACGGCAUUAUUUUUUUUGAAUAUUUAUUAAUAAUAUAACAUUCAUUGACCGUGGCAUUUAUCACAAGAGUUGUUUUGGUCACUGUCCAGGUCACCAGGGUCACUGUCCAGGCCGCUAGGGUCACUGUCCAGGCCACCAGGGUCACUGUCCAGGCCGCUAGGGUCACUGUCCAGGCCACCAGGGUCACUGUCGAGGCCGCUAGGGUCACUGUCCAGGGCCCCAUGAGGUCACUAUACACAGAAGUAUCUCAUACUCAUAAAUGCUGAUAAACUUAUUAACUAAACAUCAGUGACUACUGAGAAACAUCAAUAACUUGAUGUCAACAUUUUGACUACCUCUGGUGACCUUAUCUUACCGUCCAUAGUGGUUACUGGGGAUACCCAUUAUGUCUGGGUAUCAGUACCCACUCUCAGGAGUUGACAAUCAACCCAUGGAAGGAAUACAGAAAUAUUCAACUAUUCCCAACACAAACAUGAUUCUGUCAAUCGCUGUCUUGUGGUGGGCGACCCACUAUUGUGCCCACUGUGCCCACUGGGAGUGGAAAAAUACCCACACCUGCCCAUGUGCCUCUAAUAAAAACCUCAAUGUAUAAAGUGUAAAGUUCAAAUUUAUGUAUAUAAAUGUAUAUACUUAAUUUAUUAUCUACCAAUUGGAAAUCAAGAAUGACUGUGAUUUAUAUGAGGUAUAAACUGAAUCAGGAUUGUGUG